UUACACAGGCUAACCAAUAAGUAUUGUAUUGUAUUGUUUUAUGGUUUCGAUCGUCUCCAUUCUGUAUACUGUUUGUUAUUAUUAUAUUCAAGUAAUGAUAACUCGUUAAUUUGUUAGCAAUGAGCAAAUCUUCGAGUUAUCGGAACAAGUACAGGCCUUCAAAAGAAUUUAACAAUAGAAGAGUAUAUGAGAUGGAUGAAUUAGGACUGACAAUAAUGAUAAAGAAACGGGGCGUAAUUGCCGCAGCUCGCAGUUUACCUUUGCAAAGGGAUAUUGAUGACCCUGCGAAAAUAUGUGCAUACGUUCAUAUCAGGAAAGAAGGAAAUGAGGACCCUCCAAGCGUACCUAUUUUUGGAAAGGACAUUAAAGUUAAUCAAAACUUCGGAGAUAAUCAACCAGGGCCUUCAGGUGAAAGUCGCGCUUCAGUGGAAAAAUCCAGAAGCAGAUCUAAGCAUAGAGAUAAUAGAUAUAGAAGCAGAACUAAGGAAAGAAGUUUAAGCCGAGGGCGCAGCAGAAGCAGGGAAAAACCUAGAAGAACCAACAGGUCAAAGAGUAGUAGUAGGCAUAGAAGUGGAGGAAGAAGGUCAAGAUAUCGAUCAAAUUCCCCAAGAAGGCGACAUGUUUCGAGGAGACGAUCGCGGUCAUAUUCAUCAUCACGCCAUAGAUCAGCAAACGAGCGUAGAAAGCGAUCAGUUACCCCUUUAAGACCUGGAGAAUAUCGUCCGGGGCAUCCUGACUUACGGAAGAGGAAAUCAAGAAAGUCCAGAAGCAGAAGCAGAAGUUCUAGGAGUCCUAGAACGACUCGAAAAAACUCCAGAAGCAAAAGUCCUCGAAACGCACAUAGAAGAAAGUCCAGAACCCGAAGCAGAAGUCCUAGGUAUUCUUUCAGAAAUGUCAAAGGCAGCCCAGAAAGUUAUUCCCGAGGACGGUCUCCACAUUCCAAAAGCAGUCGACAAUUCAGAUCCCAGGCUGAGGCUCCCUUUAUGCCAAUGCCUGGAAUGGAGUAUGGAUUCUAUGAUGGAUACGCACAGUUCCAUGCAAUGCAGCCUUAUCGAAGUCGUGUCCCCAUGGUUCCCAUGUAUCCACCCCAUAUGAUGAUGCCUCGAAUGCCUCUAAUGCCGAGUGCAAUGCCAUUUAGGCAACGUUGGCCCGUAUAUAAUUCGGGAGCUGCUGGACUGAAAAAAACCAUACCCUCAACCGACACGACUAAAAAACAGGACCCCAAAGGCGCCAUUGAACAAGUUUCAGAUCAACAGGAUAUAUCUAGUAGCAGGCAGGAUAACUCUGUAGAUAAUACUACUGGUGAAGUGUAAAUUUUAUCUAAGUGAACUUUUUUAAAUAUAUGUUAUUUAGUAAUA